CUCCGAAGCCAUUUUGGACUCAGUUCAGUUCCGUGCAUGUCAGAAUCGAACCCUGUCCAUCCAUUCUCGCUCUUGCACGGGAAAAGCUUCACACACGAACGGGAUUUGAGAAGAAAUCGCCGGUUAUUCCGCACCGGGAGGCGUUUCUGUUGGAAUAGGCGCUUUUCCUGAUGGAUUUGCGCAUGUGUUAAAGUUUGAUUAAAGCCCGAUCGGUGGGUGGACAUCAGGCCGACGGUCGCUCGGGCUCGUGCAUGUGUGUUUGUAUGUGUGCACAUGUGUCUGUGCGUUUCCCCGAUCGCUUUAAAUGUGUGCAAAGCAGAAAACACUGAAAAGGAGAAAAACCGGGGUGUUUUUGUGUCACUAGAGGAAUAUGUUCGCUUCCUGGCUGACUUUUACACUUCUUCUGGGAACUUUCAGUGCAGGCCCCAGUCAUGCCGAGGUGGAGACGCACGAGUGUUUGUACUUCAACAUUAACUGGGAGGUGGAGAAGACGAACCGCAGCGGCGUGGAGCGCUGUGAGGGAGAGAAGGACAAGCGCUCGCACUGCUACGCCUCGUGGAGGAACAGCUCGGGCAGCAUCGAGCUCGUCAAGAAGGGCUGCUGGCUAGACGACUUCAACUGCUACGACAGACAGGAGUGUGUGGCCACCGAGGAGAACCCGCAGGUGUUCUUCUGCUGCUGCGAAGGCAACUUCUGCAACGAGAGGUUCACACACCUGCCUGACGUCAGCGGUCCAGUGAUCGAGCCCCCUCCGGCCACUCCGCUGCUGCUGAAUCUGCUGCUGUGCUCUCUGCUGCCCGUCACGAUGCUCUCUCUGAUGCUGUUGCUGGGCUUCUGGAUGUACCGGCACCGCAAGCCUCCGUACGGACACGUGGACAUCAACGAGGAUCCGAGUCCGUCUCCUCCGUCUCCUCUGCUGGGUCUGAAGCCUCUUCAGCUGCUGGAGGUUAAAGCUCGAGGACGCUUCGGCUGCGUCUGGAAAGCUCAGAUGAUGAAUGAAUACGUAGCUGUGAAGAUCUUCCCCAUUCAGGUAGAGGAUACAGACACUGUGUGUGUGUGUGUGUGUGUGCUAGAGAAGCACUCUCUAAGCUGUGUGUGUGUGUGCUGUGAUCUUCAGGACAAGCUGUCGUGGCAGAACGAGCGGGACAUGUUCUCCACGCCGGGCAUGAAGCACGAGAACCUGCUGCGCUACAUCGGAGCCGAGAGACGCGGAGCCAACCUGGAGACGGAGUUUUGGCUCAUCACCGAGUUUCAUGAGCGGGGUUCGCUGACGGAUCAUCUGAAGGGGAACGUGCUGAGCUGGACGGAUCUGUGUCACAUCGCGGAGACCAUGGCCUGCGGUCUGGCGUAUCUUCACGAGGACGUGCCUCGCUGUAAAGGAGAAGGUCCUAAACCGGCCAUCGCUCACAGAGACUUCAAAAGCAAGAACGUGAUGCUGAAGGCGGAUCUGUCGGCGGUGUUGGGGGACUUUGGGCUGGCGGUGCGCUUCGAGCCGGGGAAGCCUCCAGGAGACACACACGGUCAGGUCGGGACGCGCCGCUAUAUGGCUCCUGAGGUGCUGGAGGGGGCCAUUAACUUCCAGCGGGACGCUUUCCUGCGGAUAGACAUGUACGCCGUGGGGCUGGUGCUGUGGGAGCUGGUGUCACGCUGCAAAGCAGCAGACGGUCCUGUAGACGAGUACAUGCUGCCGUUUGAGGAGGAGAUCGGCCAGCAUCCGUCUCUGGAGGAUCUUCAGGAUGCGGUGGUUCAUAAGAAGUUGCGGCCAGUGUUUAAGGACUUCUGGCUCAAGCAUUCAGGUCUGGCGCAGAUGUGCGAGACGAUCGAGGAGUGCUGGGAUCACGACGCCGAGGCACGGUUAUCAGCCGGCUGCGUGGAGGAGCGAAUCUCUCAGAUCCGCCGCCUGAUGAACGCCACUACCUCAGACCUGCUUUCCACAGUCACCUCGCUCACCAACGUGGACCUGCCGCCCAAAGAGUCCAGCAUCUGACCCUCAGAGGAUCUCGAACCACAUCCAAGCAGCUGCUAUUUUAUCCUAACAUUUUUUAAACUUUAUUAUUAUUGUUGUUAUUAUUAUGGUUAUUUUUCUGAUCGGACCAGUAACUUACCAGCACACUUCUCUACUGUAUUUUUAUCAUCAGAGCAAACACAGAAGAUUUUUAAACAUGCAUUCAGGUGCCGACAAAUGAAUGCUCACGUACCUCGACGUUUAAUUUUUGCCGAUUCCGUUGAUUUUUCUCGCUCAUCAUCUUCUGGUUUUUCCGUUGGGAUCGCCUGCGACGAGCAACCAGUUCAUCUGAAGAUUUAACAGUGCUGCAAAACCCUGCAAGGAUCAUUAUGACUGUUACACGUGCAACCAGACCUCCUCGCCGGGAUUUCACUUUCCUAUUCCUCUUUUUCCGACAGUGGAAAACGUGUCUUUUACGGAACUAACGGGUGUUGAGGAACACAAUGGAAAAGACAUCUGGACUAAUUCAUUUCUUUCUUUCUUUUUUGUUUGGAUUUUAUUUGGUGGUGACUGUGAACGGAUUGGUGUGCUUUUAUCGACUGGAUAUGGCUGGAAACUCUUGCAUAUGGAAAUAUGGGAGGUUUGGAACGGAAAUCUUUCUCAGGUAUCCAGUGUCAAGGGUCCAUGACUGCCUUUCCCACAUCAUUAUAGGACAGAGAGACAUAUAACGGUGCCCUGAUGAAUUUAACACUAAAACAUGCAAGACGUGUGUGUGUGUGAGAGAGAGAGAGAGAGAGAGAGUGUGUGUUUAGUGCUGAGAGUUUGUUGAAAAUAGAAAAAAAGACCAUGAUAAGUUUGGCCCGUGCGGCUGUAUGAACGCAAAUGUUGGUUUUUCCCUGUCUAGCUUCUCUUGUAAUAAUGCAACAUGUGUUUUGUGCGUCCGCAGUAAAGGACUGAAUCCUUGCCUGGGUCAAAUUCCGGGUCAAAACACCUCAAAAUCAAAGGAAAAAAAAAAGAAAUAAUAUUUGUUGUAAAUAAGAGUU